AUGGAGCGGAAAUGGAGCGGCGGAGCGGAGCUGCGUGCGUCACGGCGGCCUCAGUCGUUUGGCUUCGGUCCAGAUCCGAUUAACGGGCAACUCAGUCCCUACAAAUACCAUACCGAAGGGGGAAAAGGUACUCACCCUGUCCCCUCUCCCCCAGCCCCAUCUGGUCUGCUCUGCAAGGACAUGACCUGCUGCCAUCCUCCCUCCACUACUCUCCUGUUAGUCCUGCUCAGCAUUGCUCCACAGCUACCUGCUGCUGCCCCACUGCUUACUGAAAGCCCUCUCACGGUCACCAGCAAUGAGACACUCUGGCUGGUGCACCAAGAACCAGCCACAGCAGCUGGAGCGGUCAGGACACACAGGAAAGUGGAAGCCAUCCUCCAGACUCCACUGGGACAGGGCCGCUUUACAGACAUAGACUCUGCCAGGGCGCUGGUGUCUGUGUUGUUAGAGGCUCUUGAUCAUCCAGCUAGAGAAGAGAAUGGAAACCUGGUAGAGACAGCAGAGUACAUGAAGAAGGAGCCAUGGAAGGAGCUGGAGAUGUGGAUGGAUCAGGAGGACCAGAGAAACCCUGAGCAAGGCGUGGGUGAAGAGGAGAAUAUAGAGAUACCACAGUCUGGAGUGACUAAGGUGAUGCAAGGAGUGGAGAAGGGAGGAGAAGAAAAGGUAGGAUUAACAGACCCAUGGGUUUCAGACGAGGAGAAGAAGAAUAGAAAUGGUGAAAAGAAGUUUGAGGAAAAGGAAGGGCUUCUACAGAGUUGGCUCAGUAAGAAAGUAGAAGUCCCAUCCCAUAUCAUCACCUCACUACAACGUAAAACCAGGGGCUAUUUUCAAAACAUUGACCUUGGACUCCAGGACAAUGAGAUCCUCCCACCUCUGAAGGGCUACAAAGCUUAUAACCAGCAGCUGGCCUUGGCCAGCAAAAAGCUCAAGUGGCAGGAAGAGAGAGAGAGAAACCCCUCCCAGCUCGACCGAAACUUCAUGGAUGAUUUUGACUUCAUAGAAGAGGAGGAGGAGGUUCUUCCCCGCGAAGAAGAAGAGGCAAGAGCCCGAGCUGAGCAAGAAGAGGUGCAGAGACAGGAGGCAGAGGCACAAGAGGCACGAGAGGAAGAGCAGAGACUUGCAGAUAUCGCCUCUGACAUGCUUCUGGAAUACAUGGGGAGGAAACAAAAAACAGCCUCUUAUAUGAAAGACAGGAAGAAUGCUUUAUUGCUCAACAAUGUGGCUGAGGAUAAACGGUCUAACGAAGUGGAGGACAGUGAUGAUGAUGAAAUGGACCCAGAGACAAUUGACAAGCUGAUCGAAAUCUCUAGUAAACUGCACCUACCUGCUGAUGAUGUAGUCGAGAUCAUCACAGAUGUGGAAGAGAAGAAGAAGAGGAAGGACCCACCCCCCAACAAUACCCCCCGUUUCCGGCCUUUAGUCCCACUCAAAGCCAAACCAAGGGCUCCCCUUUACCAAUACCCUAAGUCCCCAAAGAAAUCCUCUUACAAGAUUAACCCAUAUACAAAGUGGUACAAGGAGAAAAGUAAACCCAAGUUCAACAAGCAGGACUACUGGUUUAAGCCAGAGAAGCAGUUAUUAGCAUAUCCUUCCUUUCCCUACUAUCAGAAGCCAUAUCGAGCCUAUUACCCUGUCUAUUUUCCAUCUCCUAAACCACGCUUCUAUACAAAUCCUGCGCUCUCCUUUGACUACAACUUUGGAGACCCUAUUGGUUAUGGCUUUAAGCCUCCCAAACGUAGGUACAAAGACAGAGCCAAGGGGAGGGAGCGAAACAGGGUGCAAGGGGCCCGCCGGCCCCAAAAUAUCUAUCCUUUAGCAGACACAGUCAUUUCUAACUACAUCCUUCCUCAUCCCCGAACUUACCAGACGCUCCCCGUGCCCAAAGCCCGUUCUCCUCCAAGUGCAGUGGCACCUGGCUAUUAUUACCACCCAGACUAUGCGUAUGAUGAGCCAGAGCCUGUGCCAGAUAGUGACGAUGAGCUGGAGAACUUCAUUGAGAAGAUUUACUACAAUCGCAGGUUGUUCUAG